AUGGAUGCAAAAAUUUUUCUUUAACCAUCAUUACUAAAUUUUAUGCAAAGGUAUGCUUUUGGUGUUGGAAUGGGAGAUGAAGUUCCAGAAAUUAUGGAUUGUGUAUUAGAUGUAAUACUUGUGAAGCCAUAAUAGAAUGUCAUAUUAAAUUAAUUCAAAAAAAAGAUGCAAACAAUUUUUGGAAUGGAAUAAUUGAUAUUUAUAUCUCAUUUGAUCAAUUUGUUUGUAAUGAAAAUAUUAGAAAAGUCUUCACUAUUAUAUAAUUGCAAUAAUUUAGCACCAAGUUAUUUAAAAACAUAAUUGAGAGUAUAAGUAUAUAAGCAGAGAAAAUAUAAAAAUUAGGAAAUUAAUUUAUAGAAUUAAUGUCGGAUAAAGAUAGUUAUGAAAGCGGUUUUGUAUUUGGAUAAUUGGUUUCUUUAAUAAUUGAUUUUUGACAUUAUAGAUUUAAUUACAUAAUUAAAUAAUUAUUAAUAUUAUCAAGGAAUACAGAACCAUCAAAUGAAAAAAUUUCAUGCAUUUUUGAUUUUCUCUCAUAUAAUAUGUUUGUUUCAAUGGUGGAUCUCUUAUUACUCCAAAAACAUUGAAUCAUGUAUUAUUUUAUCAAUGUUUACAGACAAAUAGAAAAAAUUCAUUUUAAUUGGAGUAUUAGGAGAACCUAUUAGUUUACUAUUUUUUUCAAUGACUGGUAUUUUUGAUGACAAAAUUCCAAUAAUUUUUAUAGCAUCAAUUUGUAGAAUUAUAGGAAGAAUAGUACUAAAUAAUUUUAUGUAUUAUGGACAACUUUAUUUUUAACCCCAUUUCCAUUUUUUGGAUAUAUACCAAUAUUAUACCCAAAAGAUGUUGAAAAAAAAGUGA